AUGUAUAGAACGAUUCCUUCUUUGUCGCAGCUCAGACGGCCCCCACCAAACCCUGUUUUUCAAGGCCUUAGGGAACCUGAAGGAACAGGAGCUGGAUCUGGAGUCGGAAAUGGAGUUGGAGGUGGAGGUGGAGCUCCUCCUGCAACUGGAGCUGGGACUAGGCCUGGGACUGGGACUGGAGGUGUAGAUGGAGGUGCUCCUGCAAUUGGAGCUGGGACUGGGCCUGGGACCGGGACUGGAGCUGGAGGUGGAAACUCACCUGCAACUGGAACUGGAGCUGGAUUGGAGGCUGGAGAAGGAGUCACAUCAACUGGAUCUGGAAUUGCGGCUGGACGUGGAGAUGGGUCUGGAAUUGGGGCUGGAGGUGGAGGUGGGUCUGGGGCUGAAGGUGAGUCUGGGGCUGGUGAUGGAUCUGGGACUGGGGCUGGAGGUGGGAUUGGGGCUGGAGGUGGAGGUGGGUCUGGGACUGAGGCUAGAGGUGGAGGUGGGUCUGGAACUGAAGCUGCCAGUGGGCCUGGGGCUGGAACUGGGGCUGGAGCUGAAGCUAUAGCCCCUCCACCCACUGCUGGUGAAGGAGAGAUGCUGCGUGCCAUCCUGGUGGAGCUGCAACUGCAGAACGAGGAAAGAAAGAGAGUGGGAGCAAAAAAGAAGAAGAAGAAGAAGAGAGGGAAGAAAAACUGGGGAGGAGGUUGUGGAUAUCCAGGAUAUCGUGGCAAUCGUCCUAGGAGGUAA